AUCCAGCAAGGGGUGGGGGGCGACCCCGCCCUCCCCAGCCACUGUCCCUCCCCUGUCUCACCGCCAUCUGUCCUGCUGCCUUCCGGCCAGGUGGGGGCAAGGAGGAGCCAUGUUCCUGAGCCCAGGUGAGGGGCCGGCGGCUGAGGGUGGGGGGCCGGGGCCUGGAGAGGAGGCCCCCAAGAAGAAGCACCGGAGGAACCGCACAACCUUUACCACGUACCAGUUGCACCAGCUGGAGCGGGCGUUCGAGGCCUCCCACUACCCAGAUGUUUACAGCCGCGAGGAGCUGGCAGCCAAGGUGCACCUGCCCGAGGUGCGCGUGCAGGUAUGGUUCCAGAACCGCCGGGCCAAGUGGCGCCGCCAGGAGCGUCUGGAGUCAGGCUCCGGAGCCGUGGCAGCCCCAAGACUCCCUGAGGCCCCAGCACUGCCCUUUGCCCGCCCUCCCACCAUGCCACUGUCUCUGGAGCCCUGGCUGGGCCCAGGGCCCCCAGCUGUGCCAGCCCUCCCGCGCCUCCUGGGCUCGGGCCCAGGGUUGCAGGGCUCCUUUGGGCCCCAUGCCUUCAGUCCAGCCUUCAUGGAUGGCUUCACCCUGGAGGAGGGUUCCCUGCGGCUGCUGGCCAAGGAGCACGUGCAGGCUCUGGACAGGGCCUGGCCAUCGGCCUGAGCCUGGUGCCUGUCCAUGGCCAUCCACACCAAGUCCCCCACCCACCACCACCUACCCCUGCCUUGCAGGGUUAACUGGCACUGACUUCAAGGUGGCAGCCAGAGGCGCCCAGCCAGGGUAGGCGUCCCUGGCCUGGUCUCCAGGAAGCUGGUGCCCCUGUCUCCCCAUCUGUCAAAUGGGCCUGUGUGGGGUAGGUUCUGAGGUUCUUAAGGCUCUAAGGCUGUAACCAGGAGCAACAGGGAUGUUAAUUGUGAGUUGAUGAUUCUAAAUCCUCCUGCCUGCUCCUAAUUGUUCGACAGCAGGGCCGCCCUGAGAGAUAACAAGUAAUAGCUGCAGCAGUUCACAUUCAACUGCCCCCUUUCACUGUGUGCUCCCAGCGUGCCCAUCACUUUACCCCAAGGUGGCAUGGCCAUCAGCCCCAUGUUACAGGGGAAGAAACUGAGGCCCAGAGGAGGGUAGCCAGUUUCCUCAGGCCACAGAGCCAGUAGAGGGUGGAGCUCUUUUUAAGCCCAUUGCCUGACUCCAUCGCCCCUGGCACCUAGGACCCAGGCCGGGCGCUAACAGGGCGCUCCCGGGUAGAAGCAGCUGACACUGGGUGAACAGUCGAUCUUUGCUCCCCCCAGUUAUCAGAGCGUGACUUGUCUCCCCAUCAACCACAGGCCCCAUCACAUCUCCCAGCCCACUGAGGCAGGGCUGGGGCCCUGGUAGCAAGACAAGCGUUCCUUCUGUCCAACCACGUGCCCCCAGGGCUCACAAAGGCAUGAUGGCCACCCUUGCUGGGGUUCAGCUGGGCUCCAGGACAAGGAGGCUGGCUGGGCUGGGGGGUGUGUGGCCCAAGUGCCCACGUCAGGGCACCUCCCUGUGGGACGGAAUGAGUCAGGACAGGAGAGUGUAUGGUGGGGGGAACAUGGCAGCACCCCACUCGCUCCAGGCUCUGGCCAGGAAGUGACCACAGGUGCUAGGAAAUUCCAGAAAUGUCGCUUCCAGGCCGCUCUCAGCUGGCCUGCUCACCUCCCACCUCAGAGGGCACCUCACGUGAACCCCAACGGCCUCUGUGUUGUUUACGCCGCGGCAGCGAGGCCAACCAUCCCCCCAAUCAUUCAUCCACCCGUUCCAACUCACAGCAAGGACACAACAGUGAACAAAGCAGAGAAAAACCCCUGCCCUCCUGGAGCUACCACUCCAGUGGGAGAGACC